CUUCUUCUAAAGCAAGUGGGAUGUAUUUUAACCAAAAUCUUUUUGGGUGUGUACCUUGGUAUUUGAGAACUGAAAUAUUGGAGUAAACCAAGCGUAAAUUUUGUCCAGCCCCGGCCCAAGAUAUAUCUCCUCGAAGAAGCUGGUCAUCACAUGUGACCCCCUAUUACCUUUCUAAGAUUUGCAUGUAUGAAACAAGAUGAAUGCAACGAGGCUUGGACUCGUCCACGCCGCCGGCGAGGACCUCAACAGCAUGACGGUGGCGCAGCAGUACGCGCUCCUCAAGCCGCUCCAGGUCGGCAUCGCCGUCUGCGACCACCAAGGCCAGCAGGUCGGCUGGGAGUUCAACCUCCGCGACUUCUGCCGCCUCGCCGACCCGCACGAUCAAAAGGCCCUCGACUACCUUGCCGACCGCGGCGUCGACCUCGACAUGCUCGGCGCGCUGCUCAUGGGCUCCGGCCUCAUCGGCGCCGGACACGGGCGGCCGCUGUCGUGGAUCACCUACGCCGGUGCCUACCACGUAGCAUACCUGCUCAAAAUCGUCACGGGCGGCGCCCCGCGGCCGCACGACGUGGCCGGUUCGUGGGCGGCAUGCAGUAUUACCUCGGCCUGACUGGUCUACGACGUUGCCAUGAUGGCGGCCGGCUGCCCGGGCAUGCCGGUGGGGCUGUACCGCAUCGCCGCUAGCCUGCGCAUCCAUCCGCCAUGGGGGAGCCCUCACCUCGCAGGCGCCGCCGGCGUGCGCGCGCUUCUGGCCUUUAGGAUUUGCGCUUCGACAGCAACGCGGAGAGGUUCCGAGGUCUGCUUCAGGGCCUGCAGCAUUAAUUAGUUCUUCGACGGUCGAUCAGAAUAUCAGACACGAGCAAUGUUGGUCAAGAAUUCGAAUGCUGUGAUGUUCAAAUAAGCUGGAUGCUCAGGGCAUAUAAAUGGGCCG